AUGCCAACUGCGCCUCCAUGUCUUGCACCCAUGCAACCAUUCCCUGCCCCCUUGCCAGCUUCGCUUCCUAUGCCUGCUUCUCAUCUUCCUAAUCUCAGUCACAUUCACCCCGCCAUUUCCUUCGAGAACCUCUUCAGCAUUGUCCUUUUUUAUGGCCAUGCAGAAGCUCCUCAUGACAAGCCUUGGGAAAAUAGAGACAUGGUGCUGUUUGAGAUGGGACUUGAGUCCUAUGGGACUACCAUGGUCGCACGCAAGUUCCAACCAACUGCUUUUGCACUAUGGACAACUGCUAAACCAGGUGCAUUUUGCCUGGACAAACCUUGGGAUCCCGGUAUUACUUUUGGAAGCCAUGGUUUGAAGCCCCAACACCUUGAAGACAAUGUGUUUUUGAUGGGCUAG